AUGCAAAUGCCCUUCUGUUGGGACCGCCGGAGCCCGGCUCAUGCGCCGGAGAACCACAUCGCCAUCAGUGGCACCGUGGUCGUGUCCUGCCACUUGGGCCUGUCGUCGCCGGGGAAGACCACCACGCUUCGCCUCUUCAGCAGCACACAGAUGGAUCCCAACACCGGGAAGGGGAAGCUGAGCGCGGAGGCGCCGCUCAAGGGCGGCAAGAAGACCAAGGCGAAGCAGGGCGCCGUGAAGACGAGCACCAUGACGUACCAGAUGGACAUGCCCGAGGCCGGCCGGAGCAUCCACUUCGACUGCAACUCCUGGGUCUACCCCUACAAGAAGACCAACGCCGACCGCGUCUUCUUCAUCAACACGAGCUACCUGCCUGACAAGACGCCUGAGGCCCUGCGUCUGCUGCGCGACGAGGAGCUGCGCAGCCUCCGUGGCAGCGGCCGCGGCGAGCGCAAGGACUGGGAGCGCGUCUACGACUACGACGACUACAACGACCUGGGCAACCCCGACAAGGAGUCAAGGAGGACCACGCCCGCCCGGUGCUCGGCGGCAUCACCUCCAUACGGCGUGACGGAGACGCGCAAGCACAUGAUCAACCUGGACUUCUACAUCCCGCCGGACGAGCGGUUCAGCCCGACGAAGCUGGCGGAGGUGCUCACGCUGGCGGUGCAGGCCGUGACGCACUUCGUGCUCCCGGAGUCUAAGGCGCAGUUCCAUGGCAAUAUCAACAGCUUCCGGUCGUGGUUCGAGCAGCUCAAGGGCGACCUGUACAGGAAGCCCCAGCAGCCGGUCGUGGACGGGCAGGUGAUGGACAAGCUCAAGACGUCGGUGCCGUCGCACAAGACCUACAAGCAGGUGUCCAAGAUGGUCAAGGAGACGCCCGUCAAGUUCCCCAUCCCUCAAGUCAUCGAGCAUGAGCCAGAGGCAUGGCGAACCGACGAGGAAUUCGCGAGGGAGAUGCUGGCGGGGCUCAAUCCAGUGGUGAUCAGGAGACGAGAGGUGUUCCCGCCGGUGAGCAGAGGAGGCAAGGAGAGCUCCAUUACCGCCGCGCAUAUCGAGAGGCAGCUCCAAGGACGAACGGUCCAAAAGGCAUUAGAAGAGAAGAGGCUGUACAUCCUUGACCACCAUGACUACGUGAUGCCGUACCUGCGGCGCAUCAACACGCAAGAAGGGGUGUGCGUCUACGCGUCGCGCACGCUGCUCUUCCUCAAGGACGACGGCACCCUCAAGCCUCUCGUCAUAGAGCUCAGCCUGCCCAGUGACGGCGCCGGCGACGGCGAGAUCAGCAGGGUCUUCCUCCCUGCGAGCCAAGGCACCGAUGGGCAUCUGUGGUGGCUUGCUAAGGCUCAUGUCUCCGUCAAUGAUUCAGGCUACCAUCAGCUCAUCAGCCACUGGAGGCAUCCUGGAGAGGACCAUGUUCGGAUGUCCCCGGGGAAGUACGCCAUGGAGAUGUCCUCGGCAAUCUACUCCGAGUGGAGGUUCACCGACCAGUCCCUGCCCAACGACCUCGUCAAGAGGGGGAUGGCGUCCAAGGAUCCCCGGACCACGACCCUGCACCUGCACGUGGAGGACUACCCGUACGCGGUGGACGGCAUGGACGUGUGGCGCGCCAUCGACGGCUGGGUGCGGAGCUACUGCGCCCACUUCUACCACUCCGACGCCGCCGUGGCCGCCGACGCCGAGCUGCAGGCGUGGUGGCACGACGUGCGCACCGUCGGCCACGGCGACCGGCAGCGCGACCCGGUGUGCUGGCUGGAGCUCGACACCGUGGCCAACCUCGCCGAGUCGCUGUCGACGCUCAUCUGGAUCGCCUCCGCGCUGCACGCCGCCGUCAACUUCGGCCAGUACGGGUACGCCGGGUUCAUGCCCAACCGGCCCACCCGGUGCCGCCGGUUCUUGCCGCUGCCGGGAUCCCCGGAGAUGGCGCAGCUGGAGGCCGACCCGGACAGGUUCUUCCUCGACACGGUGCUCUCCAACCACACCUCCGACGAGCUCUACCUGGGCCAGCGCGCCACCGCGGCGUGGACCGACGACGGCGAGGUGCUGCAGCUGCUCGACAGGUUCCGGGAGGAGCACCGCCGGGUGGAGAAGCGGGUCACUGAGAGGAACAGAGACCUGCGUCUCAAGAACCGGAAGGGACCCGCCAAGGUGCCGUACACGCUGCUGUUCCCGGACGUCGGCAACGUCGGCGGCAAGGAGAAGGGGAUCACCGGCAAAGGGAUACCCAACAGCGUCUCCAUAUGA